AUGACCGAUUUUGAAUAUUCUGACAUCAACCCUGCAAACGAAUUGGAAAAGCGUAUUGCAGACGCAUUUCUGAUUUUCGAUCACCACGGUAACAAAACGGUGGAUGUUCGCGAAAUUGGAACCAUCUUGAGAUUUUUAGGUUGCGUUCCCACGGAGGCCGACGUGAAUGAAGUUAUCUCUGCCACGGAGUUUGAAGAUUCUAACGGCACCGUCCAUUUAUCAAAAUUCCUUCCAUACGUUAGCCAGUUGAUUGCAGAGCAUAAAAUGGAACCAGCCCCGCCGGAAAAGUUGCUCAAGGCAUUCCGUGUUCUGGACCAGGAAGGAAAAGGUUUUGUAGAUAAAGAGUACAUGACAAAGCUUAUUACGGAAGAGGGAGAACCAUUCACGGUGGAGGAACUUGAGGAAAUGAUGGCCGUGGCCGUGGAUAUGGCGACCGACAAAAUCGCUUAUGAACUGUACUUGAACCAACUUUUGCACGAACCGUCUGAUAGUAUUUAUGCACUUGCCGACAAAGUACGAAAUCGAAAUAAUCGCUGA